CGGACACCCGCCGCUAAGCCCGCUUUGGCGGCAGGAGCCAACCCUAGCCGCACAGCGCGAAAGACUCUGAUUAGGAAGCUGCUACUGGCUGGUAAGCGAGUCUGUGGGCAACACCGAAUUUCGCGAUCCAGCAAGUCGAGCGUGAACUUGUGCGUUUCGGACGACUUCGACAACCCCGACCUUUCGACAAAUAAUUUCCACCACCGUCCUCCCGGAAUCUGUCGACCGAAGCCUUCGCCAUGGCCGAUAUCGAUGUCAAGAUCGCUCAAUGGAAGCUCGUUGAGGUUGGCCGCGUGGUUCUGAUCCGCCGCGGGCCCUUCACCGGCAAGCUCGCCGUCAUCGUCGAGAUUGUCGACCACAAGCGUGUCUUGGUCGACGGUCCUUCCACCGAGGAGAACAAGAUUGUUCCCCGUCACGUCCUUCCCCUCUCCCACGCCACCCUCACUCACUUCGUCAUCCCCAAGCUCCCCCGUGCCGCCGGAACCGGCCCCGUUAAGAAGCUUUGGGAGAAGAACGAGAUCGAUGGCAAGUGGGCCAAGAGCGGCAUCGCCCAGAAGACCGAGAUCAACAACCGACGGAAGAACCUGACCGACUUCGAGCGCUUCAAGGUCCUCAGACUCAGGAAGCAGGCUCGCUUCGAGGUCCAGAAGGCUCACGCUAAGAUCAGGGCGGCUGCUCCUAAGGCAUAGACGGUUAAUGAGGCUCGGUGCAUAGAGUGAAGGGGUAUCUGGGACGGUUUUCACAUUGCUGAGGGUUUUAUUCCAGCAAAAAUUCGCUGUAUGCAUUAUCAUUGACAGCUCAAAAAUGACUUAAGAACACUUGAUAUCCUGACAAGCAGUUGGUUCCCGUAACGUUAUGUCAUUGGCAUUUGCUGGAUCUGUUCUUCUACAUCUGUGGGCCUAGGUACCUCUGCGGGCGACAACAAUUGCCCAAUAAUGCUAGUUCCUGACUAGUGAAUGAACAUAUUAAAAACUCAAUUAUCGAAACAUCUAGAAAAGCGUAAUCGCGCAAUGUAGCACUAUGGUAGUUUGUAUGGUGUAAUGA